AACACCUGAGAAAACUAAUGUAUCGAAUUUAAUACAAGUCUUAUUAUUGUUUUGUAACCGGUAUGUUAAAGAAAUCGAUUCCUUUUGUGCAUUAAACCUGGAAAUUUUUCUUUAAAAUAAAAAUCAUUUAUUUAUUUACGAAUGUGGUUAUCUUAACUAUUUUGUAUUCCGUAUUGAUCCAUGAUUGUUUACAAACGUUUUAGUGCAUUUUACAUUUAAUAAAUAAAGUAGGUGUAAUAAAGGAAGUGACACAUUUUACAGAAUGAGAUAUGAGUGAUUAUUGGAUUGUAGUAUUUUUACUUUUCGUUGGAAAAAAUACAGCCGAUGGCAUUGUCGUGUAUUCUGGUUUGGAUAAAUGCAAUAUGUCAUUAUUACUAGACAUGAGAUAUCACGCAGCAUUUAUUGACUUCAAUGUCACUGAGACGUCGGUAAAACAGUAUCGCAAAGGAUGUAACUAUUUGGUUAAAACAGCAGACACGCCCUUCUUUGGAAUGAAAGUUGUAUCGGAUUACAGAGAUGAUAGUAUCAGUGGAAUAUUGAACUGUUCGUUUGAAAUGUCUCUCUCUGGAAACAGAGUCAACAAAACGGUCUAUAGAGUUUUCCCUAACAACGAAAUUAAAAUGAACACGUACGGAAAUGUUAAUGUUGAAAUUAAAUUUGACAAAUGUAUGAAAAAAUCAUACCAUAUUAAUUUCUUUCGUUUGUUAAUAUUUAAAUACGGUGAAGUAAAUUGCACCUCUUUUGAAACAAGGUGCUUAAAUGGAGCUCGGUGCGUACAAGCAGAUUUGGCCUGCAGUGAUGUGUAUGAUUUUUGUAACAAUGAUUUCAAUAAUUGUAAAAGAAACUCGGGCACUACAACCAAACGUUAUAAACGAAGAGGUCCAACAUCUGUACGUGGAAUAAUACUAGGUUGUAUAUGUUUAACUGUGCUCAUUUUAUUCCUAUUAUAUAUUAUUGUGUGCCGUAAGCGACCUUGGUGGAAUCGAUUUGUACAGAAGUUGUGUCGUCUGCAACCAAGGGGGAGAAGAUGCGUUCCGAAUGAACGAUAUACAUGUAGAACUAAUCAAAUCCACUUAAAUACUAAUGAUUUUCAAGAUCCACCACCAAGUUAUACAGAGCUGGAGCAUUGUCAUCAUAAUCUCAACGUCCAUGUACAGCCGCGUUCCGAGACCGGAAAUAGUUCAUUGAAUAUCCCACCACCCUUGUAUUCAUCUGAAAAUACGGACGAUGAUAGCAAUGUGGCCAAUGAAUUACCACCACCAUACUCGACGGUGUUUAUGUAUACGGAUGGGGUCCAAUAUAUGUGAACUAACUUCAAAAUAUGUUAGGGCUUUUAGAGAAGUUGGGAUAGCAGAAAGUGAAAUCCAUUCAUUAAUUAGUUAAACAUUUGAACUACUAGUAUAUGCUCUAAUAGGUCUUGCCACUGAAAGUGCCUUCAUUUCAGAUUAGUAUAGCACAUAUUUACAAAAUGUAUCUAUAGAAUUAUGCAAAGAGAUCAACGUAUCCUUGUGUCCCUCAUAUCCUAUUGAUC